CUGCUCCUCCGCCACCUCGUAGCUGAGCGGUAGGCCCGCCUCCCACCCCCGGGCUGAGAGCCCCGCCUAUUCGGUGGCGCAGCCGCGAAGCAGGCACCCUGCCGCCCGCCGAUUGGCGCACCGGUGGCGGAAGGCACCCCGAUUGAGUGCAGCGCCGGCGCGCACUGCAGAUCCCGAGAUAGCGCGCACUGCAGAUCCCGAGAUAGCAGAUCAGCACCGAGAGAAGAGAACGAUUCAAAAUGGAUAGUAUGGAAGAACCUCAGAAGAAAGUCUUUAAGGCUCGAAAAACAAUGAGAGUGAGUGAUCGUCAGCAACUUGAAGCAGUGUACAAGGUCAAAGAAGAACUAUUGAAAACUGAUGUCAAGCUGUUAAAUGGCAAUCAUGAAAAUGGAGAUUUGGACCCAACCUCACCUUUGGAAAAUAUGGAUUUUAUUAAUGACAAGGAAGAGGUGAAUGGCAUUGAAGAGCUUUGUUUUGACCCCGAAAAAAGUAAAUCAGAAUGGAAGGAAACACCCUGUACCUUAAAUGUUAAUGUGAAAAACAAGCAAGAUGAUGGUUUAAAGUGUGAACCUUUGUCUCCUAAUAAUGUAACUCCUGAACUGGUCUCCAAACUGACUGCUGAACCAUAUUCUGGUGAUACAGCCUCUGGUGAUCUAGCUACUGGAGGUCUGGUGUCUGGAGAUUCUGCAUCUGGAGACCUGCCCUCUGAAUCAGUAACCUCUGGUGAUCCCACCUCUGUUGAUCCUGCUUCUGUCGAUCCUGUUUCUGGUGAUCUUGCCUCUGGUGAACUGGUCUCCAGUGAAAUGGUCUCCAGUGAACCAGUCUCCAGUGAGCCAGUCUCUGAUGAACUGGUCUCCAGUGAACCAGUCCCUGGUGAACCAGUCCCUGGUGAACUGCUCCCUGGUGAAUCAGUCUCCACUGAACUGGUCUCCAGUGAUUCAGCAUCUAAUGAUCCAGCCUCUGGUGAUCUUGCCUCAGAAUCACUGGCCUCUGAUGAUCCAGGCUCUGGUGAUCUGGCUUCUGGUGAUCCAGCUUCUGGUGAUUUAGCCUCUGGUGAUCCACCCUCUGAUGAACCAACUUCUGAUGAACCGACUUCUGAAUCAGUCUUUGAUGCCACCUUUGAAUCAAGUUCUGUACCAGUUUGUGAACCAGUUCCUGAAACUGAUAGUACAGAGCCUAGUAGCAAUAAAGGUGAUGAUUUUCUUGAAAAAAAUGGAGAUGAUGAAAAGUUAGAUCAAAUUUUCCCAUUUGAUGAGAAAAAUAAAGCUGAUAGUAAUAUUGAUGCUGAUGCAGAAGCUCUAGAAACAGAUGAUACAAUUAUUUGUUCAGAUCGGUCUCCUAUAAAAAAGGUAGAAGAAGAUACUAUCACAGAAUCUGCUCUUGGAGAGGAGGCUAUAUCUAGCAGUAUGGAGAUUGACCAAAGUGAAAACAAUGAAGAAGAAAAUUCUGCAGACCUUGCAGAAACCAUUAGUGAAAAUGUUAUAAAAGAUGACAAAAAUGAGAAUAUCUUAGAAAAUACAGAUUCUAUGGAGACAGAUGAAAUUAUUCCUAUUUUGGAAAAGCUUGCACCUGCUGAAGAUGAACUUACUUGCUUUUCUAAAGCUUCUCUCCUCCCAAUUGAUGAGACAAAUCCAGAUUUGGAAGAAAAGAUGGAAGGUUCUUUUGGUUCACCAUCUAAACAAGAAAGUAGUGAGAGUUUGCCAAAAGAAGCUUUUUUGGUCCUCUCUGAUGAAGAGGAUAUUUCGGGUGAAAAGGAUGAAUCUGAAGUUACAUCACAAAAUGAGACAUGCUCUCCAGAAGUAGAAAGUAAUGAAAAGGACAGCAAACCUGAGGAAGAAGAGCAAGUAAUACAUGAAGAUGAAAGACCUUCUGAGAAAAGUGAAUUUUUUAGAAGAAAACGUUCUAAAUCAGAGGACAUGGACAAUGUACAGUCCAAACGCCGUCGAUAUAUGGAAGAAGAAUAUGAGGCAGAAUUUCAAGUAAAGAUUACAGCCAAAGGAGAUAUAAACCAGAAGCUACAAAAGGUUGUACAGUGGCUGCUGGAAGAAAAAUUGUGUGCGCUACAGUGUGCUGUAUUUGACAAGACGUUGGCAGAAUUGAAAACACGAGUAGAAAAGAUUGAGUGUAACAAGAGGCAUAAAACAGUUCUUACUGAACUACAGGCCAAGAUAGCCAGGUUAACCAAACGCUUUGGAGCAGCCAAAGAAGAUCUUAAGAAAAGACAAGAAAAUCCACCAAACCCACCUGUAUCACCGGGAAAGUCUGUAGUUGAUGUUGGCAGCAAUAACAGUGUGUCCUACAGAAAUGCAAACACAGUGAGGCAGAUGUUGGAGUCCAAAAGAAAUAUAAGCGAGAGCGCACCGCCAUCCUUUCAAACCCCUGUGAAUACAGUAUCUUCAACCAAUCUUGUCACUCCUCCAGCAGUUGUCAGUAGUCAACCUAAAUUGCAGCCUCCAGUGACUUCAGGUUCUCUGACAGCAACAUCAGUUCUUCCUGCACCCAACACAGCUACAGUAGUUGCUUCUACUCAGGUGCCUAGUGGAAAUCCCCAACCUACAAUCUCUUUACAAUCUUUACCAGUGAUUUUGCAUGUACCUGUUGCCGUAUCCUCUCAGCCUCAGCUCCUACAGAGCCAUCCAGGGACUUUAGUGACCAAUCAACCAUCUGGCAACGUUGAAUUCAUUUCUGUACAAAGCCCACCUACAGUGAGUGGUCUUACCAAAAAUCCAGUAUCCUUGCCAUCCUUGCCAAACCCCACUAAACCAAACAACAUUCCUUCUGUGCCCAGUCCUAGUAUUCAAAGGAAUUCUCCUGCCAGUGCUGCACCGUUAGGAACAACACUUGCUGUACAGGCUGUUCCAACAGCGCACUCUAUUGUUCAAGCCACAAGGACUUCUUUACCUACAGUAGGCCCAUCAGGACUCUAUAGUCCAUCAAAUAAUCGAGGUCCUAUACAGAUGAAAAUUCCAAUUUCUGCUUUUAGUACUUCAUCUCCUGCAGAACAGAGCAGCACUACUACCACAAGAAUUGAAAACCAGACAAACAAAACAAUAGAUGCUUCUGUUAAUAAGAAAGCAGCUGAUAGCACAUCACAGAGUGGAAAAGCCACAGGCAGCGAUUCAGGUGGUGUCAUUGAUCUGACAAUGGAUGAUGAAGAGAGUGGAGCUUCGCAAGACCCUAAAAAGGUAAAUCAUACUCCUGUGUCAACCAUGAGUUCUUCUCAGCCUGUGUCUCGACCAUUGCAACCCAUUCAGCCAGCACCGCCUCUUCAACCAUCUGGGGUGCCAACAAGUGGACCUUCUCAGACAACCAUACACUUACUACCUACAGCUCCAACCACCGUGAAUGUAACACAUCGUCCAGUAACUCAGGUGACCACCAGACUCCCUGUACCAAGAGCUCCUGCAAACCACCAAGUGGUUUAUACAACUCUUCCUGCACCACCAGCUCAGGCUCCCCUGCGAGGAACUGUUAUGCAGGCUCCUGCUGUUCGGCAGGUCAAUCCCCAAAAUAGUGUUACAGUUCGAGUGCCUCAAGCAACUACAUAUGUUGUGAACAGUGGACUAACACUGGGAUCCACAGGACCUCAGCUCACAGUGCAUCACCGACCACCACAAGUGCAUACUGAGCCCCCACGCCCUGUGCACCCAGCGCCCUUACCAGAAGCCCCACAACCACAGCGUCUGCCCCCAGAAGCUGCCAGCACUUCUCUGCCUCAGAAGCCACACUUGAAGUUAGCACGAGUUCAGAGUCAAAAUGGCAUUGUGCUGUCAUGGAGUGUCCUUGAGGUGGAUAGAAGCUGUGCCACUGUUGACAGCUACCAUCUGUAUGCUUACCACGAGGAACCCAGUGCCACUGUGCCCUCACAAUGGAAGAAGAUUGGAGAAGUAAAGGCACUUCCCUUGCCCAUGGCAUGCACUCUCACUCAGUUUGUAUCUGGCAGCAAAUACUACUUUGCAGUACGAGCCAAGGAUAUUUAUGGACGUUUCGGACCUUUCUGUGAUCCUCAGUCAACAGAUGUGAUCUCUUCCCAGAACAGUUAAACCUUGGAGCCUUUAUCUCUUCCUCUUUCAAAAGUUCCACUUUUUGGUCUUGUUUUAAUCUUGUGCAUGAUACUCAUUGUUAAAAUCCACAUUGUGCAAGAUUUCUUGGACAGAUGUGUAUAUACACUACAUUUGUUUAUAAUCAGAAUAAACUCAGCCCGUAAAGCAGAAUCUUUUCCUGAAAAAUUCAAGCUUCGAGGUUUUGAAAUGUAAAUGUGCACCUUGCUUUAGUUUUGAGGUUGGGGUAUAUGUGUGGGUGUUUGUGUGUGCUUUUCUGUAUUUAUAUGUUUAUUGCAGUGGAAUCUCCCAUUUUCAUUCUCAAAUUUACCUCUCUUCCAGUAUGAAGUAAGUAGAUCAAAGGAUUUGAGGUAUGUAUCUGGCAUGAUUCUGCUUCUAAGAGAUCUGUAGGUUAAUAGAUUAAUGAUUUAAACUGAAUUGAAAUGGAACCCAAAGAAAAAGUAAAAAGCAAAAUGGUUAAAUAGUUUAAAAUAGGUGAAUUUGAACACAGGAAAGGAUCUGUUCACCGUUUCUUUUGUCUCUUCUGGGUUGUCAGUUAGAUGAAAAAGAUCUGCAAUGCGCUCUCCCUUUGCUAAUCUCGUUUUUCCAUUUAUUUUGUGCCUUAAGGAUUAAUUACAAAAGUCAACAGGGCCAUUUGUCCAUUAUUGUUUACUCUUUCCUGUCAACCUUUCACCCUCAUUUCUCCUUUAUCUCCACCAAAUAUAGCAUAUUUCCCUCAAGUAAAUUUUAGACCAAGGCUUUUAUAUAUAGUCUCAUCAGUGACAUCACUACAUUUAACUUCAAAAAAUUUGACUUGCUGUUUUCUUCCAAGAAUAUAAAUGCUUUUUAUUUUUGGUCACUAUUUAAAUUAACUCUGUGUAAAGUGGACCAAAAGAAGUUGACGUUGUGUAAAAAAAUUUUCCUUCAAAUAUAUUUUAGUAUCUGUGUUAGAGAUUAUGAAAGCAGUUCUGGUUUACCUUAUCACCCAAAGCUUAGUAUUCUUUCAAAGGAGGUAAACAGUAAAAUUCACAACAUACUAUGAGUAAACUAUCAAAGGGAAAGCUCCAUUUCUUCUUUAUUUUCAUAUCAUUUUUCCUUUGUUAAUCUUUUAACUUUGUUUUGAUGGUGCUAAGUUUUAUCUGAUUUCCCGUAUGUCAGCUUUGGAUAAGAUUUAAAAGUAUAUCCUUUGGAGUCAUUUUAUGUAACAAUUAGAUAUAACUUCUUUGCAUCUCUGUUCCUUUCAAAGUUUUAAUCAGGAUCAGCUUAGGUCACGGAUUUUCAUUAUGAGUGCCAGCUGUGCUGGUAUCAGGUACGUGUUUGAGUGUAGAUAGCUUAAGACAGGAAAGCUGGCAUAAUCUGAGGGAUGAGAGUGUGGUUGGCAAUACUUGGAAAGGAAUUUAUGGAGUUUGUGAAACAAAUUUUCAAGUCAUCUUCCCAUAUCAUAUUUGAAUUCAUGUUCCUACCUUCUUAAAUAAGUUAGUCAUUAGUUUUUCCUGGAAUUAUAAGAGGGAGUUAUCACUUCUGUAUCAAUGCUGCUUUGUUUGCAACUUCGAUGGCUUGUAUAAGGAAGCAUUCUAGUUGUAAAGAAACUCUGUUUAGAGAUUUUUACCAGUCAUUGUACUGUCACGUUGGGUGUGAAGUCUGAUUGAUGCUGAAGAAAGCCUACAGAUUGCCAAAAGUAAAUGCUCCAAAAUCUUCCUUUUGCUGUCAGAGAAUGAGACCACAAUGAGAAUUAAAGUUUCCAUGAAUCGUAUUUGCCAACCAACUAUUGUAGAUGUUACUCGUUCUAGGACUAGUGAUAAUGGUAAAGAAGUUGCCAAUAUCAUGCCAAUGAAAACUUUUAAAGGGAGAAAUUGAUGAUCUUCUAGAUGUGUGUGAGCACCUAUCUUAUAUCUGCAUGUACAUAUGUUUUUACCUGCAAUGGUUGCAGUGUUGAUUAUGUGUUCAAGAUCAUUCCUGUCUACAGAAUAGAAAGCCCAUGUUCAAAAUUGUUCUUUAUUGACCGGUUUUAUGGUCACGUGAUAAUAAUUUGCUUACCUAGCCUAGAAAGGUUCCCCUUGGUGAACGUUUUUUAUUUAUAUUCACUAAUCCUUUUUCUUUCUUUUUUUUUUUUUAAAGCUUUCGUAGCAUUAUGUAAUCAGGUGAAGAAAGCCCAGUAGAAUGAAAAUAUUAUGUUAGCCUAUAUUGUGUGAUUUCUGUCAGAGGAAAAAAAAUACUUAAAUAAUAACCCUAAAAAUAGAUUUACUACAGUAAAAUAAAACUUUUUAUUCCAGGUGGUAGAGGGAAGGUACAAAGAGAGAUUGUAAUUAUUUGAGGGACAAGAUAUUAUAAGAUGGUCUCCUUCAGUUAGCCUGCCAUGGGAUUUAUAGGCAACAACUAUAUUGGAGUUACUGAUGGGUAGUAGGAUAGAACUCUAGGCUUUUAUUUUGGGCAGGUUUUAAUGUUGAGGAGUGCUUUCUUUUUGUUUGGUUUGUUUCUUUGGGGACAGAGAAUGGAGGACUAAACUAGAAAUAGCUACUGGUUACAGAUUUUUUUUUAAUAGCAAUUCACACUCCAUGGUACUUUUUUUUACUUCACAGUAUCUUCACAGAGUGUUACAAAUACGCUUGAUAAUCCCAUUUUGGGAAUGCAAGUUUGCUACCUUUUUAGCCUGACAAUACUUGUGUAAGUAUUGCCUUAUUGGAAAUACCAGAAACUUCUGAUGUUUCAGCCUGAAAUAUAGGAUGUUUAUAUGACAUUUAAAGGUAAUGGCGAUGUUUGUUAUGCUCUACUUUGCACUUUGUCAGAGUAAUUUUCACUCUGUUUUAAGUGUGAGUAAGCCUCACAUUUUAAAAUUAUGUUCUUGCCAGUAAAUUUAUAAAUUACAUACAAAGACAUCUGUUGUUAAAAGGUAACUUUAUGAGGUAACUAUAUCCCUCUGUUUCUCUGGACUCACUUUUUAAAAUAUGCAGAAUACUGUGUGCUGUUUAACACAGUAGAAGUUUAUGAGAGAAGUGAAGAGUAGAGCUUUCUUCCUUGAAAAGUGAGUGUUUAAUGGGAUACCAUCUGCCUCACAGAGAUGUGUUCCCCACUCUCCUGACCCCCAUUGCCAGAUAAUAAAUGAAAGAUUUAAUUGAAUAAAAUGACCUAAAGCAAGGAGCUUGGAAUCUUAGGACCAUCUGUCAGCAGAACUCCUUAGGCAGGCCACACCAUACAGUUUUCUUGCUGUAUUGGAUAAGUGUUAACGUAGGUUUUUUUUGUUUUGUUUUGUUUGCUCUUUCGCUUACAUUUUCCAAAUUAUCAUUUAUGCAGCAAGGUGUUAAUACUGCAUGAUAUGUAUUUAUCUUGUUCCACGAAUUUUCCAGUACUGUACAGGAUUAACAAAAUAAUGCCUGUGGUAUCCUCCUCUCUCACUUUUAUACACUGUGAUCUUAGCACAGUAUGUUACUGCAAAGACUUCCAAGUGUUCUCUCUGACUUUCCUUCUUGGGCUAUUUCAGUAUCUUAUGAUUUAUUCAUUACUUUAUCUUUAUCAUUGACCAGUCAUUGGCCUAUUUUAAUUUCCAGAGAAACCAUGUCCCAGUAUUAGAUUAUUGCAAAUACCUGUCUAAAACCAAUGUAUGAUUCUGCCUGCCUUACUAUUUACUGGGUAAAUGAUGCCCUCUCCCCUUUUUAAAAAUUUUGGGACAAAAAAAAAAAAAAACAAUCCCUAUAAAGUGUUUUGUUAGUGUGGCAGGUUUAUCCAUUUCCUAAAACGUAUUCCCCUUGAGCCAGCCAAUGGGAAGCAAUAGAAUGAUAUAAUUAUGUCUUGUCUUCUCAUCUUCAAAUAGUUUUAUCAUGCUAAAUAAGUUUUUCAUUUUUUUAUUUGUAGAGUCAGUUAAAUACCCAUCACUUAUAUUUAAUUGCUGUCUUUUAAAACAAAUUUUGUUUGUAAAUAAGGUAACUGGGCAAUCAAACACCUUUUGGGGAAUCCUGGCUUUAGUAUUUUAUCAACCAUUUCAAAAGCAAAUAUAAAAAUAAUUCCUUUGUAGGAAACUUGCAUCCUGGUUUUUCUUUAUUGCAGUUGAAAUUGUAAAUAAUAAGACAAUGUACGACCUUUCCAAUGUCUAAUAGAAACUGGGCUAUAGCAAGUUGCCCUAUUUUUAUUAGGUUUUGAAGGUUUUUGUGGGGUUUUUCAUUUUUAAAUGUACAGUAGAGUGGUGUCUGUAUAAGUGUUAACUGUAGUGGGAUUUUGUCCAGCAAGCCUGAAAUUUAUACUUUGAAAUAAACUACUGGGUUUUUAACA